CGCUGGAAUCAGCGCGUGCGAGAAGGGCCAGCAGUGGCAGCGGGCGCUGGCGUUGCUGAGCGAGAUGCGGGAGGCGAAGCUGGAGCCCGACGCAAUCAGCUACAACGCUGGGAUCAGCGUGUGCGGGAAGGGCGAGCAGUGGCAGCGGGCGCUGGCGCUGCUGAGCGAGAUGCGGGAGGCGAAGCUGGAGCCC